AUGAGGAAUGGUUUCAUGUGCCACUCUCGGGCAUCAACAGCAGUGUGCAUGAGUAGCAGCGAUCCUAGGUAUGUGGUUGCUCCUAGGAGGCAAGACAGAAGUGUUUUUCUUGAUGACACAAGGUUGAUCAACUAUGCCAAGUACUCCAAACUUGGUGAGUCUCGCAGGUUCAAUUCAUCUCACAAUAAAUGUGUGUCUGUCACUGUGCCAAAAAUCAAGAAGAGUAGCCAAGAUCAAGAGAAUGAACCAAGCCAGUCUCAGAAAACACUAACAGAUAACGUCUUUCAGGUGGUUGUGAUGCGGGUAGCUAUUCAUUGUCAAGGAUGUGCUGGUAAAGUGAAAAAGCAUCUGUCUAAGAUGGAAGGAGUUACAUCAUUCAGUAUAGAUAUAGAGUCAAAGCGGGUGACAGUGAUGGGGCACAUUUCUCCAGUGGGAGUUCUUGAGAGCAUUUCAAAGGUGAAAAGGGCAGAGUUCUGGAAUUGCUAA